GAUGCUGAGCUCAGGUCUUCCUCCUGUUUUCCUGUUGCUCACAGCACUGGAGCUGAGCUGGUCCCUGACUGAUGAAGAAAAGAAGAUAAUCUUGGAUGAGCAUAAUAAAUACCGCUCCCAGGUCUCUCCUCCUGCUAUGGAUAUGCUGAAGAUGAGCUGGGACACAGAGCUGGAGGCCUUUGCUCAAGCCUACGCAGAGAAGUGCAUCUGGGACCACAACAAGGAGAGGGGCCGACGGGGGGAAAACCUCUUCGCUAUGGCCCCAACUCUGGACCUAGAAUUCGCUGUGGAAGACUGGAAUGGGGAGGAGAAAUACUACAACUUGACAACUUCCACGUGUGUGCCUGGCCAGAUGUGUGGCCAUUACACCCAGGUGGUCUGGGCAAGCACGCAUCAGAUCGGUUGUGGGGCAAAGUUUUGCGAGAAGAUUGAAGGAAUCGAAACAGAGGACAUGUACUUGCUUGUUUGCAACUAUUACCCACCGGGUAAUAUGAAAGGCCGAAAGCCAUACAAGGAAGGACCCUCAUGUUCGCAGUGUCCUGAGGGCAGAGUCUGUGUCAACUCCUUGUGUGCAGGUUCCCCGGACACUGAAGAACCGGAGACAAACUCAGACCAGACAAGCAUGGAUCAGCCCACAGCUGGAGCCCCCAGUACCUGCCUGGGGCUUUCACUCUUCCUCCUACCCAGUGUCAUCCUGGUGGGCCUUCUGCUUUGAAUGGUC